CACGGGCACGCGCACGGCUCUGGGUUCCCGGCGAGGAGGCCGAGGGAGCAACCGGACCCGGCCCGCCUGCCCGGCCCCCGCCCGGUCCCCGCCUCGGCCCCGGCGGGGGAGGGGUCUCUGCGCGCGGCCCCUCCCCCCUACGCCCCCGCCCACGCUGCGGCGCCCCCACUCCGCGUGUCCCUGUCCGUCCGCGCCCAGGCCUCGCCCCACCCCGGCCCCCGGGGCUGCUUGGCCGCCCCCCACCCUCUGCAGCGGACCCCUUCCCUCCGGGCCAGCCCCCCGCCGCAGCCGGGAGUCUGCCGUCCAGAACCAGGGCUGGCAUCUCAGUAUUGGGGGCCUGUACCCCGAAACUGGUUCCAGAGAUCCAGAAACCUGAGUCUGGGACCCCUGAUCUGGGGCUGGCACCCCAAGACCUGGAGCCUGAACACCAAUAUCUGGAGCUGGAAUUUCAGCAUCAGUCUCUGACACCCCGAGAUCUGGAGCCCAAACCCCAAGAUUUGGAUUAUGGACCUCACAAUCUGAUGCCUGGAUCUCGAGAUUUGGCACCUAAAGCCCUAAGUCUGGAACUGAACUCUGAAUUCUGUGCGUGCCUGGGACCUUGACAUUUGGGACUGGAUUCCCAGAUCAGCACCCACUAUUCGGUACCCGAACCCUAAGAUUUGGCCCUCAGGUUCCAGGACUUGGCAUUCCAAUGGGCCUUGAUCAGAGUUUGGGCCUCAAGUUCUUGCUGGAACCCUGAAUGCUGAAAAUGUGGUGCUAAAGACCUUCAAAUCUUGACUCAGCACCCCAAUAUCUGAACCCAGCACCCCAGUAUCGGAUCCCAAGACUGGGCUGGAAACGCAGAUCUUAAUCUUAUCAUUUGGCAUUUCAGCACCACAAGAUUGGAGCUGGGAGACCUUACUCCAAAAAACCCAAACUGGGGUCUGGGCCUCUAAGUUUAGACCCUCCAGUGGCCAAGUAUUUGGGAGAUCUGGGACCCCCAAGUAUUAAAGGCUAAUGAGUGUGGCCACAGAACUGAGCUAAGACACGACAGCACUUCUUCUACUGAGGUCUUGGGGUCAGGGAAGACAUGACCAGAACUCUGGCCCCUGACCCCUGACCCCUGACUCUCUUGGAGCCUGAGGACUCUGAGCCGUGAAACGGCUUGCAGCUCAGGCCGCCCCUGCCCGAGAUGGCCAUCCUCCCUUUGCUCCUCUGCCUGCUGCCACUGGCCCCUGCCUCGUCUCCACCACAGCUGGCCACACCCAGCCCGUGCCCCCGUCGCUGCCGCUGCCAGACCCAGUCCUUGCCCCUCAGUGUGCUGUGCCCCGGGGCGGGCCUCCUGUUUGUGCCACCCUCGCUGGAUCGCCGGGCGGCCGAGCUGCGCCUGGCUGACAACUUCAUCGCGGCUGUGCGGCGCCGUGACCUGGCUAACAUGACAGGCCUGCUGCACCUGAGCCUGUCACGGAACACCAUCCGCCACGUGGCCGCGGGUGCCUUCGCUGACCUGCGUGCCCUGCGGGCCCUGCACCUGGAUGGCAACCGGCUGACCUCGCUGGGCGAGGGCCAGCUGCGUGGCCUGGUCAACCUGCGCCACCUCAUCCUGAGCAACAACCAGCUGGCGGCCCUGGCAGCCGGGGCUUUGGAUGACUGCGCCGAGACCCUGGAGGACCUGGACCUCUCCUACAACAACCUGGAGCAGCUGCCCUGGGAGGCGCUGGGCCGCCUGGGCAAUGUCAACACACUGGGCCUCGACCACAACCUGCUGGCCUCUGUGCCUGCCGGCGCCUUCUCCCGCCUGCACAAGCUGGCACGGCUGGACAUGACCUCCAACCGCCUGACCACCAUCCCACCUGACCCCCUCUUCUCCAGGCUUCCGCUGCUGGCCAGGCCCCGCGGCUCCCCCGCCUCUGCCUUGGUGUUGGCCUUCGGCGGGAACCCCCUGCACUGCAACUGCGAGCUGGUGUGGCUGCGGAGGCUGGCACGGGAAGAUGACCUGGAGGCCUGCGCCUCCCCGCCCGCGCUGGGGGGCCGCUACUUCUGGGCGGUGGGUGAGGAGGAGUUUGUGUGCGAGCCCCCUGUGGUGACACACCGGUCGCCGCCUCUGGCCGUGCCUGCCGGUCGGCCAGCUGCCCUGCGCUGCCGGGCAGUGGGGGACCCUGAGCCCCGGGUGCGCUGGGUGUCACCCCAGGGCCGGCUCCUGGGCAACUCCAGCCGAGCUCGCGCCUUCCCUAACGGGACACUGGAGCUGCUGGUCACCGAGCCAAGUGAUGGUGGCAUCUUCACCUGUAUCGCAGCCAAUGCAGCCGGCGAGGCCACGGCUGCUGUGGAACUGACUGUGGGGCCCCCGCCACCUCCCCAGCUAGCCAACAGCACCAGCUGUGACCCCCCGCGGGACGGGGACCCGGAUGCUCUCACCCCGCCCUCUGCUGCCUCCGCCUCGGCGUCCGCCUCCGCCAAGGCAGCUGACAUGGCCCCCCCCACAGAUCGCGGUGUCCAGGUGACUGAACAUGGGGCCACAGCUGCUCUCGUCCAGUGGCCGGAUCAGCGGCCCAUCCCUGGCAUCCGGAUGUACCAGAUCCAGUAUAACAGCUCCGCUGAUGACAUCCUUGUCUACAGGAUGAUCCCAGCAGACAGCCACUCAUUUCUGUUGACUGACCUGGCGUCGGGCCGGACCUAUGACCUGUGUGUGCUGGCCGUGUACGAGGAUGGCGCCACAGGGCUGACAGCCACUCGGCCGGUGGGCUGUACGCGCUUCUCCACAGAGCCUGCUCUAAGGCCCUGCGGGGCCCCGCACGCACCCUUCCUGGGUGGCACCAUGAUCAUUGCGCUGGGUGGAGUCAUCGUGGCCUCGGUGCUGGUCUUCAUCUUCGUGCUGCUCAUGCGCUACAAAGUGCACGGCAGCCAGCCCCCUGGCAAGGCCAAGGCAGCUGCACCCGUCAGCAGUGUGUGCUCCCAGACCAAUGGUGCCCUGGGCCCCCCGCCGGCUCCUAGCGCCCCUGAGCCUGCAGGGCCCAGGGCCCACACCGUGGUCCAGCUGGACUGUGAGCCCUGGGGGCCCAGCCACGAACGCACGGGUCCCUAGCAGCAUACCCACCUCUGUGGCCCUUCUGCCCCGAGGGGUGGCAGGACCCAGGCCCCCCUGUGGGACCAGGCCUCAGACUCACCAAAUUGCUCACGGUUUUUAAAACUGAUGGGGAGGGUGUUGGGGGCACCAGGGGCAAAACAACAAAGUCCUAUUUUUCUAA